ACCUGCCAGCCAGGACAGCCCUGCACAAAGCCUCUGAUUGUAUCCUACCUAAAUGCCUUCAGCUGGCUCCAGGGAGGCAGGAAGAGCUGCUUUAGGCUAAUGACACUAUCACUCUGCACUAAUAUUCCCCCUUCUUCCAAUGUGGCAUCUAAGAUUUCAGCUCCACUAGACACCUGAGCUGAAUGGUAGGGCUGGAAGUUUUCUUGGCCAUGAUGGACAUGUGCUUACGUUUCUAGGCACAUUCAGAGGAUCUGGUCAUACACAAUCUGCACAUUGUCAGGAGCUGCAGGAGCAAGGCUUGCAACUAGACUGGGAGGAUGGAGGGAAGGAGCAGUGGCAGCAAGACUACAACUGCAGAUAGCAGACCUGCAGCAGAAUCGAAACCCCCCUCCAGGAUAUGUUGGGUCAUCUUGUUUAUAAUCUUGUUUUUUGCAAUUGUCGGCAUCAGUGUGGUGGGUGUUCUCAGCUUCGCCCAGAGCACUGCCAAGCCUCUCUUGCAGAUUGCCCAGCUGACAUUUCAGGACCAGCAGGGCUCCCUGGUGAACCAGUCAGCUGUUGUGGACCAGUCCAGGAGCACCAUCACUUACUAUGUGACUUCGCCGAGUAACCGCACAGCUGUGGUGCUGUUUGACAGCCGGAAUGGCUAUGUCUGUUACAAACCUGCAGAGCAAAGUGCGUGUUUCCUGCAGAGGAUGGACCAUCAGGACCUGGAGAACAUCCAGCUGUCUUUCAACGUGUCUGCGCACAGGGAUGAUCCACGGCUGCUCCAGAACAACCAAACCAAGUACCUCCAAGAGUUCCUGGGGAUUGUGGCCGUUGCACCGGUGGACCCUGCAGGUGUGGGGGAAGCCGUCCAAGCCCUCUGUGAACAGGGCUCCAUUUACUGGGUCAGGAAAGGGAAUGGGCCUGGGAAGCAGCGGCUGAUUUACCUGUGUAUCGACAUCUGCUUCCCAAGCAACAUCUGUGUGUCCAUCUGUUUCUACUACCUUCCUGAGUAAGCCCGGCAGCCAGGGGACCCACCUCCCCCACCACUCACUCCUCAUCAUACUUGAACUCCCGGGAAGCCUCUGAGUUAAACACACACGUUGGCAGCUAAGUUCUUCAG